UUUCCGACGGGCGUCCUUUGCCGCUGUCUCGUGACUGUCAGUGAGCAACAUGUCGUGAGUUUAUAAUUUCAUAAACUCACCGACAAGACUCAUUUUGCGCAAAACUACAAAAACAACAGUAGGAGCAGCGAGAGUCAUGUGGAGGAUUCAGAGUUUAGUGGGCAGAGUCUUGAGCCGUUGUCAUGGAAAUGCUCAGCUGCGUCUCUCACAGGGUCAUUCUCACGUGGAGGAUGAGGUGGUCAACACAUCCAUCCUCACCGGUGGACGGCACGCAAGUGACAGCAGUUCUCAGAAAGAAGAAGAUCAUCAGAAAAAGAAUCGAACAUCUCAGUUCUGCUACACUGGACUGCCAAGAUACACAGCUGUAGAUGCAGUUGGCUGGGGAGUGGCUGCUGUUCUGCUUAUGCAGGCCUUUCGCAGGAUUCACUCCCAGUUCUCUUCUCAUCUGGAUCAGAAUCCUGGACCGCCUCAGCUCCAAGACACCGGGUUUAUACGCAGAUGCACCUACAAGUAUCUAAUUGACAUCUUUGCGACGCAGAAUGUUUUGCCCAGCGGUGUGACGGGGAGAUGCCUGCGAGGGGCGCUACAGACUCCAGAACAGAGUUCAAGCAGCACUGAUAGUAGUCAUGGUAGCAGUGAUGACACUGGUGAUCUGACCUCUGACCAGCAGGGGGAGACAGUGAGCAGUCUCUCACACUCAGAUGAAGCAUUUUUUGCUGAACAGCCAAGUCCAAAGGAACCUCUUUCACCAGAUGAAGCAGCGCAGAAUUUUAAAUGCGUGGCUGAUGGCAGCGUACCUGUAAUCCUCAACAUCAUUGGUCUGGAGAACGCUAAAGCAGGAGAUUGCGAAAGUGCUUUCUUGUGUUUUCUGGCAUCAGCCCAACACAACUACAGUAAAGCUCAGUUUAAUGUAGGAGUUUGUUACGAGAAGGGUCACGGCGUACAGCGAGAUCACAAUAAGGCUGUGCAGCAUUACAGACAAGCAGCAGCUGCUGGGCACCAUCAGGCUCAGUAUCGCUGUGCUAAACUGCUCUUGAACAGCAGAGGGCAGCAGUGCUCAGAUAAAGACAGAGAAGCAGCGUUGUCAUACCUGCACACAGCUGCAGAUGCAGGACUCACACAGGCUCAGGUGUAUCUGGGUGUAGUGAUGUCAGAGUUUGAUGAGAGGAAGGCUGUACAUUAUUUCAGAAAGGCAGCUCACAGUGGGGACAGCAGAGCUCUUCUGUUCCUGGCUCAGUGUUAUGAAACAGGCUUUGGUGUAUCUCCGUGUGUCAGUACUGCAGUCUCGCUGUAUCAACAGGCCGCAGUCAGAGGAAACAAACAGGCCAGAGAUAUACUGAGAGACAGACACAGCAGAGAAGUGCUGCGCUCUAUCCGAUCUGCUCCUUGCUUCUCUGCGAUUGGUCAGCCGAACCUAAACUCUGUGUUUCCUCAAGUAUCUGGAGAUGUGAGGCCACACCCCCAGCAGCAAUCUGAUUGGCCAACACAGCCACUUCCCCAGUCCUGGAGUACAGGCAGUUUGAUGGCAUUGUCUUCAGUAACACUGAAUAAUGACGACACUAGUCGUAAAUUCUGGACACUAGGUGUGCGCUAACACACACACGCACACAAAUAUCCACACAUUUACAAGUGCCAUAUUUAAAUCCCAGUGAUUUAUUUGUAAUGGACUACUGGUCAGAUCUGUCCUUAAGCUAACACGCACGCAUGCACACAAACACACAAAUAUACACACAUUUACCAGUGCUGUAUUUAAAUCCCAGUGAUUCAUUUGUAAUGGACCGCUGGUCAGAUAUGUCCUUUAGCUAACACACACAGACACACACAUACAUAGAUUUAUACAACCUUGUAACGCACCCUCUGCAGGUAAACACUUGUAAUGAUGGUAAAGUUUACAUGGUUGUUAAAUGUAGCAGAGGAAUGUCAUGGGAAAGCUCGAAAACACUAUUAAGUGAUAAUGCCAUUGAUGCACAUGCCAGAAUGAAUGUAUUUUUUAGAAGUGGGAAUCCUUUUGUAAUAUAUUUUGGUUUGUUUAUCAUUAUUUGUAUAUGUGUCAGGCUGUGAAGAGAGAAUGGAUUUAGUGAAAUCAAGUUUUACCUGAAAGCAUCUUGCAUUCAGUGCUGUUUGUAAGAAAACAUGGAAUUGUUCCUCGAUUUAUAGCAAUUUACAGCUUAUUCAUUUGCAUCUGCCCAAAGUUAUAUUUGGAACAGGGUUUAAAUGAGAAAAAUAUGCUUUAUUUGGGUCAUGUAUACAGUAUGUGUACACAAAACAAUACUGAAUGCGCACUUCAUGCAAGCCAUCAUUAAAAUGUCACGAAACUGCAAAACACAGUGUUUGUAAAACAUCUCAUCUCAACUGUUUAUUUGAUGUUGUCUGUUUAGCACAUCAAGGUUUGUUAAAAGUAAUGUUAUUUUCUGUGUAACGCACAACUGUAUUUCAAAUUAAAAGUGCUUUUAUUUUUUAA